AGGGCGGCCCACGCUCAUGUAGGAAGCAGGCGCCCAAGCGCAGCUGCUGCCCUGCUGGAAGUCUCUCGGUCCCUCUGUGACCCGCGGCUCUGCCUGGCAGCGGAUGCUGCAGCUACGCUAUCCACCGGCGCAGCGAGAAGGGGGCGGGAAGAAGCCGUGGCACAUGCCAGGGUCGCCGUAGGUGGCAGCGGCCGGCGCAUGCGCGCCCUCUCCCAGAAGCCUGUAACGCUAAGGGGCGCGCGCCCCCACCCGCGCGCGCACGCUUGCGCUAGCCAAGGCUUCCCCGCCUGCGCUCGUUGUCAGAGCCGCUCCGGCGCGUGCGCGCGCUAUCUCCGGCCGACCCGAGUAGCCGGGUUCCCUCUGCUCCAGGCCCCCGCCCCACACCACCCCCUCCCAGCCCCCAGCCAGCCGGUCCCCUUCCUCUCCUCGCGGAAUGGGGCCGGUGCUGCUCGGGGUCGCGCGCCCGGGACCCGGCUCGCGCUCGGUCUCGCGCUGUCAGCGACUGCCCCGCUCGCGCCGCCUCGCGCUCUCGCUCAGUCAGUGGCGCCGAAGGCUCCGUUAAGCAGCGGCGGCGGCGGCGGUUCCUGUUUCCGUUUCUUCCUCUCCUUUCAGUCGGGAGUAGCAUCCUCCACCCAGCCACCCCUCCCACUCCCCAACGGGGCAGCUGCGGCUGAGGGCUGUGGCGGCGGCGGCGGCGGCGGCAACUGGGGACGGCGGAGACCGCCUCUGCUCCCGCCUCGGUAAUACAAAACCCAAUUACUUGCAGAACUGGUUCAGCUUACUUAAAUGUCAGAUAUGUUUUUAGUCCUCUUCGUAAGUGUUUAGAAGUUACUAGUGUUUAUACAAAAUGAAGCUAUUAAUACUUUUCUACAGCACUAACUACACACCAGGAAGGCC